GGAGUCCUCCGUCACCUGUCCGCGCAGCGCCCCGCUCCUCAUUCACAUGUAAAUCAGAGCCCAUAAAUGCCCCUGGCUCCCUCUCCCCCUGCCUACAAUACCCGCCCGGCUCGUUAGCGCAGAGUGUUUGGAGCUCGCUUUUGUUCCAGCCUGAGCUCGCCGACCAUCUGCCCCCAUUGAGAGGAGCUGUAACGGCGGAGGAGGAGACCCUGUUCCACUGCUUCAGGAUCACAGUAAACAUGGCCCCGGCCUCUCGCAACAGCAGGAGCGGACCGGGCAGGAGCGAGGAGGACUGCUACAACAUCAGAGGAGACAGAAAGACGAGAAAGCCGCUGGUGGAGAAAAAGCGGAGAGCCCGCAUCAACGAAAGUUUACAGGAGCUCAGGAUCCUGCUAGCGGACUCGGACGCUCAAACCAAGAUGGAGAACGCAGAGGUGCUGGAAAUGACUGUUAAACGUGUGGAGAGUAUCCUACAGAACAGAGCUAAAGCAGCUGACAGCAUGAACCGAGAGGCCAGCGAGCGCUUUGCUGCAGGCUACAUCCAGUGCAUGCACGAGGUCCAUACGUUCGUGUCCAGCUGUCCAGGCAUCGAUGCGGCCGUGGCGGCAGACUUGCUGAACCACCUGCUGGAGUGCAUGCCCCUGAAUAGUGAGGAGCGUUUCCAGGAUGUGCUUACUGAUCUGCUGUCCGAGCCCGGUCACUAUGGCCUUUGGCACAGCGAGUCCCCCAGAGAAAUCACCUGCAGUGAUUCAGAGAGUGGAGGAAGCUCAUCUGACCUGUCCUUGUCACCCUCUGGGACAUCCAGUGAUGACCUGAGCUCGGACGGAGAGGACACCGCGAGCGAGCAUGGCCAAGGGGCAUCUGAUAAUCAAGAUGUUCGAGACCUGCCCAUCAGCUUCUGCUCCAAGUCCAUGUGGAGACCUUGGUAAACUUGGAGGAGCCCUGCACCAACACUGGACUGUGGGGGGAGCAUGCAUAGGCUUCAACACAAGGCUGUAUGGAGGCCAGUUUUUCUCACCUUCAGUCCUGCACAAAGCAGUGAACCACAAUCAUUGAGACAUCUGGGCCAACUGAAAGAGGACUAAGGAGAGUUCCUAUCAGCUAUUGGAUAAUCAUUACUGGUAGUUAUUACUAGUUGACAUCUGUAGCAUUUGAUUGAUUAUCAUGGACCGUCAUUUUAAAGCCUAUUCCUGUACUUUUUAAAAUAACAGAAAACUUCACACACAGUGGCCACUGGAUUAAGCUUCUACUUAUCUUAGACCCAAUUCCUUUUUAAUCAGGCAUGUUGGCUCAAAACAGGAAACUGCACAGUGCAGCUGGUACCUUCAGGACUGAAGAUGGGAUAACACUAGUGUAGACUAUGCCACUGGGCAGUAGACUGUGUGAGUAGACUAUAGCACCGAGCCGUAGGCCAUGUGUGUAGUCUAUAACACUGUUAUUCAACAUGCACCGAUAUUCAAGCUUAGCCGUGGACCUUUGGACAUGUCCAGGCCUCUGAGAUUGUAGCUGGGGCUGAGAAAUUUCUGUAAUAGUUGUGUUGUAUUAUAAAAAGCUCUUCUUGGUGUAGCAACCGCAUUUCAGCUCAAUAACACAGAAUAUUUUGUUUUGUUUUUUAUAUAUAUCAGCAUAUUUAAAAGUUUUGUAUAAGCUAAAUUAAGAUGACACUGUCAUGACUGGUAUUUCUAGGAAGUGCUUAUCUGAUUCUUAUUAUUGUAGAGGAGAAUGUAAAUAUUUCAUUGUUGUUGCUGUAGAUAUUGAUGAAGUGUCAGUUGUUUCAUUCAUUAAAAAUAAUAAUCAAUAAUAAAAUCAGUAAUUAAUCAGA